AGUACCGUUAAAGUGGCGGAGGUCUCGCGAAAGUACUUUAAAGUGUAUUUGAUAUUGUUUAGCACCUGGCUGAUAAAGGCACAAGAUUUUUUUUUAAAUUGAGAAAUGGAAAACAGAACAUCAGGAAGUGAUUCCCACACACUCCAAGCAGACCCACCAAAAACUCCUUUGUUCAGAAAAGAGCUAAGUGGUAUAAAUUACAGAAUCCCAGCUCUUAUCUACAUUAAUGAUGCCCAAACCUUUCUUGUUUUUGCUGAGAAACGAACAUCACCCCAUGAUCAUGAUGCCACUCUUCUGUUCAUGAGGAGGGGAACACGACAGAAUGGGUCAAUUCAGUGGUCACCCGUUGAGGAGCUUAGCACAGCUUGUUUGCCAGAACAUCGCACUAUGAACCCAUGUCCAGUCUAUGAGAAAGAAUCCAAGACUGUCUUUCUGUUCUUCAUUUGUGUGCUGGGUAAUACCACUGAGAAUCAUCAGAUUUGCACUGGUAAUAACAAAGCUCGGUUGUGUUACAUCACCAGCAGUGACAACGGGCAGAAUUGGAGCAGCACAAUAGACUUGACAGAAUGUGUGAUUGGAGAUGAGUUUAAAAAUUGGGGCACGUUUGCUGUUGGACCUGGGCACGGCAUUCAGAUGAAGAGUGGAAGACUCAUAAUUCCUGCUUAUUUCUAUGAGAAUAUUCAUUGUAGCGGUCGUGAUGAAGAAUGCUAUUCAUAUGCUUUUGCAUUCUAUAGUGAUGAUGGGAAGAAUUGGCACUUUGGAAAAAAAAUGAAUUGGAGCAGCACAAUAGACUUGACAGAAUGUGUGAUUGAAGAUGAGAUUGCAAAUUGGGCCACGUUUGCUGUUGGACCUGGGCACGGUAUUCAGAUGAAGAGUGGCAGACUCAUAAUUCCUGCUUAUGUCUAUUACAUGAGCAGGAAUGAUAAUGAUUGCCCACCACAUGCAAUGCCCCAGGCUUUUGCAUUCUAUAGUGAUGACUGUGGGGCCACGUGGCAGUUCGGAGAAAGAGUAGGUACCGAAUCUUGUGAGCAGGGCCGUUGACAGCUUUGGCUGGGCCCCCCCCCAAAUAAUCUGAGUGCCCCCCCCACACACACACAUACGCGUGCACGCACAUCGCCACACAGCAACCACCUACACCCAACCCCUCUUUUCACAGUCUCCAUUCACUCCAACCCUUAAAUAACAGGUAUUCCAAGCCCAUUAUAACAGUCAACCAUUUUAUUUCAACAUUUCAACAUAUUUACAGUUUGAACAUUUCCUUAGUCUGCAACUAUUCAGGUGCGAAAUGCAAUGCGCCGGACUUUUGCUGUGGCAAAGUCGUCAAUAAGGUCAUUGAAGUCCAGCUUCUUUGCAAGUUUGCGCUCUAUAGAGAGCAUAGCCAGCCCAUUGAGCCUCUCCUGUGACAUGUUUGAGCGCAGGUAGUUGAUAAACCAAAAUGAUUGUUUACAGGAUGGAACUGGGCCUCAAUGAGAAUGGAGUUAUGGCUUUCCCAAAAUCUGAACAUAGAAGCAUCACCACUAGUGAUGUGUACAGUGAGUUUUUCAGUGUAUUUUUUUGUCUUGUUUUUCAUAAACGUCCUUUCUGUACUCGAUUCAGAAUGUUACAAAAAAAAUUGACACCCUCCCAACCACGUAACAUUAGCCUAUCUGACCUGGGGGCUGACACGUUUAUUACGGAUAAACCAAAAGGAUUACAACGUUCCCUGGAUAUAGAACUGGACCGAGAAGAUUUCAAAAUCUUAACGUGUAAGCAACAACAAUAAAACAGAGGUUGUUUUAUUCAUUUAGGGCUUAUUAGGCUACUUUCAUUAAUUGCGCUUUUCAUACAGGCCUAUCAUUUUUCACUUGAGCAAGGGAAUUGUUUGAAGAGUAUCCAGUCUAAGCGAAAGUUUAAUGUUUUACAACAGACUAACCUCAAAACACCCCAUUUAUAGCCCAUUCGUUACAUUAAACUCUAUCUAGCUGGCAAUUUCACAUGCCGUUGUAUCUACACGGGAUGAUUUCCAACAAAAUAAGGUUUAAUUAACAAGAGGCAGCGUUCCACGGGCUUUCAGCUAACCGGAGUCCAGCUCAGUGCAGCUCAGCAAGCGUGCCUAAAACAUUUGGAUAUGAUUGCGGGCCAAUGUGCUAUUCUUUGCUUCAUUGAGAUAUAUGCAACACAGUGUUAUUAAACCGAUAUGUUUAUGAAAUAAUUCAGUGCCCUGUGCAUUUCAGUGUUCACUCAGUGUACCCUGCUAUCCCCUACUUUAUAAUUAUGAAUGGCGCGUCGCACGUGCUGGGGUUACAUUACGGGGCUGGAAAAAAGUUAUCUGUGUCUUACCUGGCUCAGCUGCCCCACUGCCUUCACUACCUGCUGCAUCAUCUGAAUCUUUUCUAAAAUAUCUAUGCAGUGAGCCCCUGAGGCUCUUGGCUUCUUCAUCAUCUCUUUUUCUCUUUUCUUUUCUUUGCUCCUGACUUGUGCAUGUUGGCAAACGGGCUCGCACGCUUAUUGUCGAAGCGUUAUGAUGGAAUAGUGCCGUGUUAUUUGGCGCCUUAAUCAAAGACCAAACCAUUUCUGCAUUAGGGGUGGUAGGUGGGUUCUUGAAUCUAUUUUCGAAGACAAUAAAGGCAAAAGAACCAUAAAUCAUUCAUUGAAUGCAAAUAUAGCACAUUUUUCUCCCCCAAAUCAACACAUUUUGAAAUGAAACAGAAUGAUUAAUGGCAUCUUCAUGAGGGACCAGUUCUGGGCCCCCCCUCAUGCCUGGGCCCGGGACAAAAUACCUGGUUGUCCCCCCCUGUCGACGGCCCUGCUUGUGAGUGUGUGAUGGCAGAGAUCAUUGACAGAGAGAGCCGAAGUAAUUUAUACUGCAAUGCAAGAAGUACCAAAGGUUAUAGAGUUGAGGCGCUGAGUGAGAACAGUGGAGUGGCUUUUGGUACGUCUCAAUUUCCAGAGAACCUGGUAGAAUCUGGUUAUGGCUGCCAAGGUAGUGUGCUUAGCAUCACUGCACCUAAGGAACAAAAGAACUUAACAUCAGACACUGAGAAUUGGCUCAUUUAUUCUCAUCCAACUGAUACAAUGAAGAGAAAGGAUCUUGGGAUUUAUCUGAAUAAGUCUCCUCUUCAUGGCUCUGGACGGAGCAAACCAUGGAUCAUCCAUCACGGUCCUAGUGCAUACGCUGAUCUGACUACAUGUGAGGAGCCUGAUCGCUUUGCUUGCCUCAUGGAGUCUGGGAAAAAGCGUGAACUUGAAGAUAUUGCCUUUGUGGAGUUUUCUCUCUAAGAUAUCAUGAACAAUCAGUAGCUAUGUUUACAUGCAUGGUAUUAAUCUGAAUUUUAAAAAAGAAGCAACUAAACCAGAAUGAAAUUCCUAUCUUCAUUAAAUUCAAUUUCUGUAGCAACCAGGCCUGGAAUUUCAUCAUUUUAGGGACAAGGCCACUUGGCCUUUUUGUGCUGUCAAUUUUUUGAGGGCAUGAAGGCCAAAAGCCAGGGCACCAAGGCCAUAAAAUAAAACGAUUUUAAGUUCAUGUCUAUAAUGAAUUUAAUUUAAGGACUAAUGACUCUUCUGAGGAAGAUUGGAGUCUCAGUCGAAACUAUCAAGCAGGUAAAGAAACAUCUACACUAUUAUGUCUGAAGAUGAGAAAAUAUUGAACACAUCUAAACUUAUCAAUCCAUCACUCACUUCAAAAAUUGUAAAACUUAUUAAACCUAUAUCCUCCCAUAAUUUUUGUUCAAUUGACACCGAAUGUGCAAGAGCAUCUUCAGACUGUAUUACUACGCAGAUUUUUGAUUAAUCAGAAUUGAGCCUGGAGUACAUCAAAAUGUUUGACUGUAAAUGGAACAUAUGCUAGCAUGCAGGCUACUGAUUAACCCAUAAGAGCCCAGACCAAUUUCUCAAUCAAGGAAAAUUAUUGAGGAAAUAAAAUGAACUAAAUAGACGACAAAGAAAACAUUUCUGACCUUUUAUUUUUUAAAAUAGUACUUUCAUGUCUCAAGAUCUGAAAUAUUAAAUUGCAAAUUUGCAGAACACUGCAACACCACUGUUAACCCGGAAGUUCGUUCUAUGCAAACAGUUUGAGUAAAUUCCACUUUUAAAGAUUAGUUUUAUUGCAUUACUUAAACAGUAUGAGUAUAUGAAGAGUAUAUGAGACAGUCAUUGGGUGUACUCAUUUUUGUAAUUUAAACAAACUUAAACUAUCAUGUUUUACCUCAGGCCACAGUGCUGCCCUGUUGUGAUUGGCUCAAAACUCAAGACAAGUUUGUGCUUGUCCGUUGACGGCUACAGAGGAAGUUGCGCCAUUUUCUAAUUUACACAGAGGAGGUAAAUGAAUAAAAGUAAAUGUUAAUGUUGUAAUGACGCCAAAAACAAUGAGAUGGCAGUCACAAGGCAGACUACAAAACCGCAAAACUGCAGGGCAUCAAGGCCACUGUGGCCUUACGGCAGAUAUUUUUUUCCAAAGGCACAAGGCCAAAUUACGAGGGCCGUGGCCCUCGUGAAAUUCCUGCCCUGGUAGCAACAGAAAUUUGCUAUUUAACAAUAGACAAAGCAGCUUUACAGAAAUCCAGAUAUGAAUGUAGAUCUCUAAUGAGCAAGCCAGAGGUGACACUGAUAAAGAAAAACUCCCCGACAUGACAUGAAGAUGUAACCUUGAGUGGAACCAGACACCUCUUCUGAGUGAUCCUUGAUAUUGGGAUUUUGAGCAUUAUUAUUGAAAUAAUCAAAUUCUAAAGAUAGGAGGUACAACUCCAAAUCAGAAAAAAAUUGGGACAAUAUGUUAAAAUUGAAAUUAAAACUGACAACAUUGACUUGGAAAAAAUCUUUUGACCUGUAUUGCACUCAAAAUAGUACAACAACACAUUAUUUGAUGUUUUAACUCAUCUCUCAUCUCAUUAUCUCUAGCCGCUUUAUCCUGUUCUACAGGGUCGCAGGCAAGCUGGAGCCUAUCCCAGCUGACUACGGGCGAAAGGCGGAGUACACCCUGGACAAGUCGCCAGGUCAUCACAGGGCCGACACAUAGACACAGACAACCAUUCACACUCACAUUCACACCAUGUUUUAACUCAUUAAUUUUAUUGGUGGUUUGUUUUUUGUUUUU